AUGAUCGGUUACAUAUCUCUGUACACGAUUGCCUUGCUUGUCCUUUUUGCCUCACCGGUUGUUCAAGCAGACGAUGUAACUCCGAUUCCGGCAGACAAAGCCCAAGUCGAGGCAUGGUUUAAGGCCAACGUUGGACCCUUGUCCGCGAGAAAGGGCACACUCGACCCCGCCAUCGAGGCCGCUGAAACAGAUCCACGUAUCGUCAACGUGAAUCCAGCAGGAGGCGGCGAUUUUAAGACAAUAAACGAAGCUAUAAAGACCGUUCCGACAGGGAACACAAAGCGUGUGAUCAUCAAGUUGGCUCCUGGUGUUUACAGAGAGAAAGUCACAGUCCUUCAUGGUCAACCAUUUGUUACAAUAAUGGGUAAACCUGGCGCAGAAACCAACAUAACCUACGACGGAACGGCCGCUAAGUACGGAACCGUUGAGAGUGCGACGCUUAUCGUUUGGGCCACAAAUUUCGUUGCAGCCAACCUAAACAUUAUAAACACUUCUCCCAUGCCGAAACCAGGUACACAAGGACAAGCUCUAGCUCAUAGGAUUAACGGCGACAAAGCUGCUUACUACAACUGCAGAUUCCAUGGUUUUCAAGAUACUCUUUGCGACGAUAGAGGCAACCAUUUCUUUAAGAACUGUUUCAUCGAAGGAACCUAUGAUUUUAUUUUCGGAAGAGGAGCUUCCUUGUACUUGAACACGCAAUUACACGCUGUUGGAGAGGGAUUAAGAGUGAUCGCGGCACACCAUCGACAGAGUGAUAAGGAACAGAAUGGCUAUGCGUUCGUGCAUUGCAAGAUUACUGGACUCGGAAGCGGGAUCUACUUGGGCCGAUCUUGGAUGAGUCAUCCUAAGGUCAUCUAUGCCUACACUGAGAUGUCCAGUGUCGUCAACCCAUCCGGAUGGGCAGACAACAAAGAUCGCGCGCAUGACAAGACGGUGUUCUAUGGAGAAUACGAGUGCAGGGGACCAGGAUCAAACAAAGAGAAGAGAGUGGAUCACACUAAAGAGAUUGACAAAAAAGAAGUCAACCAAUUCCUUACUCUCGGCUACAUCAAAGGCUCCUCGUGGCUCCUCCCUCCUCCCGCUUUCUAA